AGCACGGACCAGAUGAUCCACGUGAUAUAUGCCAUAUCUUUAAGGCGUUCAUCGUAUCACCUAUCGAACUGCCUUGCGGUGCAUAUCGAAAAAACAAGCCAUUGCGGAAACUUUUACGGCAAUCAUGACCACCCAAACCGACACUGUCGUCUUGUGGAAUGACUUCCUUCGAAACUACAACCAUGAAAAUAAGCUCUUCAAGACAGAAUUUGACAGUUUAAGACAAUCAUUGCAGUCGCUUGAACAACGAGCGAUAGCUACGGAACGGCAAGUCGGCGAUCGCCUCGACCGCUUCGAAAGUCGAGCGCGAAGUACGGAACAACGUAUUGAGGAUCGCCUCGAUCGUUUCGAAAAUCGCCUCGAUCACUUCGAAAAACGAGCGAUUGAUUCUGAACAACGAAGGGCUGAAUCACUACAAAUCGCGGCAAGCCUGAGGAACCACACUAUUCGAAUUCCGACUCUCCGAAUCUACCCCCUGGUUGCCUUUGACCUCGAGCGGGGUAUCGUCGAACCAGAGUCUGAGUGGUUUCCGAAGAACGCAAAUGAGUUCUACUCAUUGAGAAAUCCAAAGACCGCUCGUCAACGCCGCAUGCUGAAAUAUCUGGUGGAGUUCUACGACGUGUCGCAGCACAUCGAUGCCUCGGGUGAUUCGAGCGAUUCAGGUAGUCAGGCCGACGUUAUACAAGAUCCCGAAACGGCCGUCACUAUGCUGGAAGGUGUUCUCGGUCUCAAUGAAGAUAAUUUCAUCCACUUCAGACGGCACGUAGAGGAGUCAAGCAGACGCUUAGCACCCACUGCUGGCAAGCGAUUUCAAACCGAGGAACACGAGCGAAGGACGAGGCCCGAAGUGUGCCAGUCAUCGGUUUUACCUCUUCGGGUGCAAAUGGAAUCAAUCUCUCGCCAUCUCCCUGCCGAGCCCCAACUUGCCAGUCCACCACCGAAGGCGCAGUCAUACGAAUCGGAAGACGCGCAUAUUAGUUGGGGGUCGCGCCAAACGCCUUCAGAUCAGCGGCAGACUGUCAACGGGCUGGCUGCUCAUGUUCGUAAAAUGAAAAAGUUGACACAGGAGCAACAGGGAAGCGAAGAGAACAAGAGGGAAAGUGACGGUAGCGAAAGUCCCACCGCAGCAUUCACGUCUAGUGAAAGAGGGUGAUAAGUUCGUGCCUAUGGUUUCCCGUACGCCUAGUCUGUGUUGCUCUUCGUCACCACGUUCGCAUUAGCUCUCCAUGAUAUCCAAGAAUAUCGGUCGCUCUAGAGCGUCCGUCGUUAUAUCUGAAGCGAGACCCGCCCAGUCCCUG